AUGUUGUCCUAUCUCAUAGGCCUUAUCCGUGGGGGCGUGGAUAGCAUUGUGAACUUCAUUUUCAGGCUUCUUUUUGCAAAGCGGAGACCUGCUAUCACUCUACAAGACCCAAACAUCAAAUAUGCUCUCCGUCUUGUUGACAAAGAGAUUGUCAGCCAUGACACACGAAAGUUUCGCUUUGCUCUUCCUUCAUCUGCUCAUGUUCUUGGUCUCCCCAUAGGUCAGCAUAUCUACUUGUCUGCCAGAAUAGACAGCAAAUUGGUUGUUCGCCCAUACACUCCUGUAUCUAGUGACGAUGACAAAGGCUUUGUAGAUCUAGUGGUGAAGAUUUACUUCAAAGAUGUUCAUCCUAAAUUCCCUGAGGGUGGAAAGAUGAGUCAGUAUUUGGAGAGCCUCAAAAUCAAUGACACGAUUGACUUCAGGGGGCCGAGUGGUCUUCUCGUGUACAAGGGAAAAGGAGUGUGUUCUAUCCAACCAGAGAAGAAGGCUCCUGCUGAAACAAAAACUGCCAAACAUCUUGGCAUGAUUGCUGGAGGGACAGGAAUCACGCCUAUGCUACAAAUCAUCACAGCAGUGAUGAAAGAUCCAGAAGACAGGACCGUAUGCCACCUGUUAUUUGCAAACCAAACUGAGAAAGAUAUUCUUCUGCGACCUGAGCUGGAGGAGAUACAAGUAAACAAUCCAGACCGGUUCAAGUUGUGGUUCACAGUUGACCGGGCACCAGCCGAUUGGGAGUACAGUCAGGGUUUCAUUAACGAGGACAUGGUCAGAGAGCAUCUGCCCGCCCCCAGUGAUGACACCCUCAUUCUGAUGUGUGGGCCGCCGCCUAUGAUACAGUUUGCUUGUAAUCCAAACCUUGAUAAAGUAGGACACCAUGAGAGCCGCAGAUUCACCUUCUGA